AUGCGUACUACGUCGGCACUAGCCAACGGUGGUGAGCCUUUUCGUUCAUUCACCGCUGGCCACCGAUAUUUUCGGGGCAUCAAAGAGAAAUUCAGCAAUGAAAUUUCACCGCUAACCUUCUCUCAGAUCCCCGUCUCCAAGGAACUGUUCUCGGUGACAUGCGCCUGUCGAAGACUCAACGGUGUCACUGCCACCGACACGGGACUUUGGGAGAAAUAUCGACUUCUUCCCUCAGAGACCUCCGUCACGAAGCCCCACAGAAAUAUUCCUUCAAUGUUCAGCUAUAACUAUGCGGAGGAGCUUCAAGACCUUACAUACUGUGUAGCGAAGUUCCAGCGACAACUUCCCGUUCUCCAUGUCAAACUUUGUUCUUACAUUUCGAUGCGUACCAUCAAAGCUGCGCAGUGCAAAGACGUUCGGCUAUACGGCUCUGCUAACUCAUCCCAGUGA